CGGGCCUUCCCGCCACCCCGCUUGCGGCCGCCGCCAUGAACAUCCGCAACGCGCGGCCGCGCGACCUGGUCAACAUGCAGCACUGCAACCUGCUGUGCCUGCCCGAGAACUACCAGAUGAAGUACUACCUGUACCACGGCCUGUCCUGGCCGCAGCUGUCCUACGUCGCCGAGGACGAGGCCGGCCGCAUGGUGGGCUACGUGCUGGCCAAGAUGGAGGAGGACGCGGACGACGUCGCGCACGGGCACAUCACGUCGCUGGCGGUGAAGCGCUCGCACCGGCGCCUCGGCCUGGCGCAGAAGCUCAUGGACCAGGCGUCGCGCGCCAUGGUGGAGAACUUCGGCGCGCGCUACGUGUCGCUGCACGUGCGCAGGAGCAACCGCGCGGCGCUGCGCCUCUACGCCGACACGCUGGACUUCCAGGUCAGCGAGGUGGAGCCGCGCUACUACGCGGACGGGGAGGACGCCUAUGCCAUGCGGCGCGACCUCUCGCGCAUGGCCGAGGCGCUGGGGAAGGGCGGGCGCGGGGCGCCGGGCCCCUGGGAGGACCGGGACCCCGCGGGGGGCGCGCCGGCCGGCCCCGAUGAGAGGAGCCCUGCGGCCGGCGACAGCGGUGGGGACAGCGAGGAGCCCGGCGAGUGCGCGGGGGGCACCGACGUCCGGAACAGCUCGGGAGAGUCGGAUUCUGCCUCCUAGGACCUGCACAAGUCUCUACUAUGUGAAAGACAAGCACAGCUUUCUUUCAGCAGAGACAG